UAUGGAGUAAAAAACUGUGAGUUCAGCAGUAUCACCUUUCCGGAAACUUUUCAACAACAAUAAUUUUCAAUGGAAUUGGCUUCAAAGGAUGGGUUGUCUAUGGACGAAAUUUCAGGAGUACUCUCUUGUCCAAUUUGUGAGGAAAUUAUGACACCGCCGAUUCACCAAUGUUCAAGUGGACAUAGCAUUUGUAAAGAAUGUCGUUUCAAGUUAACACAUUGUGGCCUUUGUCGUGGAGUGUUCACCAAUGCAAGAAACUACGGAUUAGAAACUCUUGUCGGUGUUGUGAAAUUUAAAUGUCCUAACAGUGAAUUAGGAUGCAACGAAACCGCGUUAUAUGACGAUAUAAAGAAACAUGAAAAUGCAGGUUGUCGUUUUAGACCUAUUGUGUGUCACUUGUGCCAACAAGACCAUGACGAGAAACGUGGUAAACUUAGCAGUGUAACUUAUGUUCUACAUUUACAAGAUAUUCAUGGCACAUCAAACGGCCUUUUUCAAAGUUGUUGGAAAACAAAGUUCGUUCGACGGUCGCUCGACCUGAAGAGUUCCGAACAACGGUUUGGUGAAGUCAAAGACUUGGAAGUUUACUGUUCAAAUCUAACAUUCUUUGAUAACGAUUACUUCCAUUGCCUCAUAUUCAAAAAUGGACCGGCCAUUUACUUUGCUUGCACCUAUAUUAGUUUAGACUCUGAAGCUUGUGAUAUCAACAAAUAUAUGGUAAAAGUCACCGUAUCACCAGAUGAAAAUUAUCGGAAGAAACCCACAACUCUUAUAUACGGAGCAGUGAUUCCAGUUUCAAAUAUACGAACACUACCACAACAAAUUUCUAAUGGAGUUCAUUUCGCAUUAUCGGAAAAGCAAGUGGAAGCUUUAAAAUAUUCGCUUGAAGUCUUUGGUGACUUUACAUUGUAUGUAACAUUUGAAUUUAUGAACGGCGAUGGAAAUGUGAAAACCGACAUAAAAACCAAGAUUGAGGAUUACAAAGCUGGUGAAACAUUAAAAUGGAAAACAGUUGAAAAAAUACGCACUUCACUUCGUGGUUUUUACAGCUUUGCGGUUGAAAUAUUAAAUGGAUUAGAAUCGGAGCUGGAACUAUGUGGCAUUACUUGUAAUUCUCAUAGAUAUCUCUUGCCACCAAUUAUAAAGCCAAUGACACGCGAAGCUGCCGGAUUUGAAAUUGUAUAUCAACUUGCAUUUGGAUACAAAAUUAAAUCGACCGGUGGCAGAUUUGCAGUGACUGUCGAGGUCACUGAAGAUGGUCGUAGAAACGUAUUAGCACUUGCAGUUCUUGAAGAUGAAGCCGUGGAUUCUCUUUUAUUAGACAAAAUGCGGAAUAGCCCAGAUUACACGGGCCGGCGAACAAGACAAAAAGCAAUGUAUCAAACCAGCAAGGGAAUAACAGUCCACAUCGGAACUUAUGUUGUUGUAGCAACAAUGAACGAAACACCGUAUCCAUUGGUCAAAAUUUAUGUUAAGCCCACUGAUCAUAAUGCAUAAAGAUAUUACGAAAUAUUUCCGUUUGAUGAAAUGGCUGCAACUUAUAUGAAUGAUUUCAACUUGAGGUUGAGAUAUGAAUAUUCGAAUUGUAUCGAGCCACUCCAAUUACAACAUCCAAGCAAUAAACAUCAAUAAUUAUA